CAACGGCUUCCUACAGCCAAUUGACUGCCCUGUUUUUUUUCCUACAGUAGAGUGUAGGGGGCGGAGCCUCGUUUAAAUGUCCCGCGUUGAUUGGCUGAGGGCGGGCACGCGCUCGCUCCUCUGCGCCUGGUUGCUGCCUGGGGGUUCAGUGUGGAAACUACCGCAGCAACAGCGUCCAAACCGCCGCCGAGCUCCCACCGUGACGCCGUCCUUCAACUAACAGCAGAUAAAACAGAUAAAAACCCAGCGAUGGAGGAGAAGCCGCGUGUCCUCGUGCUGCUGCAACUUUUGGCAGUCUGCCUGCCUUUCGGGGUGAACGGGGGUCCCUGUGAGGUGAAUAUGUGCAGCAACGGGGGGACCUGCGUGACUGGGACGGGGGCUCCCUUCAUCUGCAUCUGUCCUGAUGGCUUUUCUGGAGAAACUUGCAAUGAGACUGAGACAGGGCCGUGCAACCCCAACCCGUGUCAGAAUGAUGGGGUCUGUGAGGCGACGGGACACUCUCGCCGAGGUGAUGUCUUUAAUGAGUACGUCUGCAAAUGCCAGCCAGGCUAUGAUGGGGUUCACUGUGAGACCAGUAUCCAGGGGGCAGAUUUAAAUUCAAAAAAAGAUGUGAAUGACUGUGCUGGCCAGCCGUGUGAGAAUGGAGGCGUCUGCAGAGACCUGGAUGGAGACUUCAAAUGCCACUGUCCUUCUCCUUUUGUCGGCAAACACUGCCAAUUACGCUGCAUCUCCCUGCUCGGCAUGGAAGGAGGCGGCAUCGCUGAAUCCCAAAUUUCUGCCUCAUCAGUCCGCUACAGCCUGCUGGGCCUGCAGCGCUGGGGGCCUGAGCUGGCCCGGCUCCACAAAAAGGGUCUGGUUAACGCCUGGAGUGCAGCUGCUCAUGACAAGAACCCGUGGAUCCAGAUCAACGUGCAGAGAAAGAUGCGGCUCACAGGCAUCGUGACGCAGGGAGCCAGUCGCAUGGGCUCAGCGGAGUUCAUUAAAGCCUUCAAAGUGGCCUCCAGCCUGGACGGCAAAACGUACACCAUGUACAGAACGGAGGGACAGAGGAAGGAUCACGUGUUUGUGGGAAACACUGAUAAUGACAGCACUAAGACCAACCUGUUUGACCCCCCAAUCAUCGCUCAGUACAUCCGCAUCGUCCCUGUUGUGUGUCGCAAGGCCUGCACCCUGCGCAUGGAGCUGGUGGGCUGCGAACUCAACGUGUAUUCAAACACUUCAGGUUGCUCAGAGCCCAUGGGCAUGAAGUCCCGGUUAGUGUCGGACCGGCAAAUCAAAGCUUCCAGCACGUUCCGCACCUGGGGCCUUGAGGCGUUCACCUGGCACCCACACUUUGCUCGCCUGGACAAGCAGGGGAAGACCAACGCCUGGACGGCUUCCAGCAACAAUCGCUCUGAGUGGCUGCAGGUGGACCUGCUGUCUCCAAAGAAGAUAACAGGAAUUAUCACACAGGGGGCCAAAGACUUUGGCUCUGUCCAGUUUAUCGUUUCUUUCAAAGUGGCUCAUAGUGAUGAUGGGAAGUCCUGGACUGUGGUGAAGGAUGAAACCUCCAAGGCAGACAAGAUCUUCCCUGGAAACUCUGACAACAAUGUUCACAAAAAGAACAUCUUUGAGCCGGCGUUCUACAGCAGAUAUGUGCGCAUCCUGCCGUGGGAGUGGCACGAGCGCAUCACCCUGCGCAUGGAGCUCCUGGGCUGUGAUGAGUAGUGCCACCUCCUCUUGCCCCCCUGCCCUGGUCCCACCCCCCAUUCCUGCCCCACACCUGCACUGCCUUGCUCUCAGCUCUAGGUGGCAGCAAACAACAGGGCGCUCAGCUGAGCUGAUACCUCUAACAUCUGUGCACGGGAAUUUAUUAAAGACAACUACAUCCUCUCUUUAUUUUUUUAUUUGAAAUGUUUUCAAACAAAAUGUAAAUUCUUCCUCCUUUGACAAAACUCUGAUUUUUUUCCAAUUAGUUUGUUAGAUAAAGUCUGUAAUCCUCUGGUUCCUGACAGGACCGGAUCAGCUGAACCUCUAAGACGCUGCAUGAACCACCUCCUACAGACCUUCCCGUAUCACCAUCAUCUUUAGACAGGAUACAUUCUGAUGGGUGUGUUUCUACGUUCUUUUAAAUUUGCUUUCUCACAUCAAAAAAUGAAACAAAAAAACUUUAAAUGUAUAAAUGUAGAGAGUAAGAAUCUCAGAGGUUUCUGAUAUAUUGUACGUACAUGAUCAUUCUUUAAAGAGUGUGUCUCUCUCUUUUGAUUGCUUUAAAAUGUUUAGAAUCUUACAGCUGAAUAUGGUAUUUAUAAAAUAGUAUUAUUGUCAAACCAAAACAGUUCAGCCCUGAGCCUUUUCUCCUAAACCUGUGUUUUCAUGAGCACCAAACGUUUGGCUGCUUUGGCCUCUUACUGACAUUUCUCAAGUUUUGUGUUUUCGCAUCCGUUUGCAGACAUGUAGUAGAUCCAGCCUGGAUGCUGAGCAGAGGACAGUGUUUGUUUCAGAUGGUCCUCACAUUCAGUCUAAUUUCUGAUGGGAAGCUGGACUGAUGUCGUACUCGGAUACUGACGGAGUGUAAGGUCAUCGCUGCCUGACGGGUGAAGAAAGCACUUUAUUUCUUUGGAGAUGAACGCACGCCGCCGUCACGUGGAGGAGCAGUGAAUUCAGACAGUUCAUGCUCUAAUGCAGAAUUAUUCUUUCAGUGUUAUGUUAUACCGGCUCUUUCCGUUGGUGUCUCAUUGGCUGCUGUAGCAGGGUUAACCACGCGGCGCUCCACAGGGUCAUCGGUUGGGUUUGUGGUGAAGUAGUUCACACUUUUAAUUGGAAGAAUGAAAAGAAAAAGGCUGUUUUCCUCGUUAAAACCUCUUCAGAUUUAAAUGCAAUAUUUUUUUAUAUUUGGACAACUAUUGAGACAUAUAACCCAGCUUAGUGUUGGUAUUAUUUAGUAGGUGUAGAAUAGCGGCGUUCUCAUCCUCCAUGUACAGUCAGAGCUCCUGAUCCGCAUCCGUCAUGUGGCUGUGAUGUCAUCAGUGUUCACCCUCUUUUAUGGCACUUUGAUGUUUUGAUAUUGGUAAUAUUAUGAUAGAAAAAGACACAUUGAGUGUGGACAUGUUUAUCAUUAAAUUAGAGUAAAAGUCUCUCAGUUCGUGUCUUUGUUAGGUUAGUUGUUAAUGCGUGACAGUAUAACUAUACAGUGUUCCCGUACUGAGAUCUGCCAGCAUUUGUGGAUGUUAAUGUUUGCUGCAGAUCAUUUAUUUUUCAUUUUGGGCCCAGUGUUGUUCCUCCAGUUCAAAGCUGCAGCCCCCCCGACACUGCUCUCAAAGCAAAUCCAAUUAAAUCCUCGACUUUUAUUGGACCUUCGCCCUGCAACGAUAUUCCAAACCUUACCCCCUAUGAAUUAUGAAGGAUGGGCUUGUGCAAUAUUAUACAGUGCUAGUUUUGUUAACAGUGAAUAAUAAUUGGAGAGCUUUAAAAAUGCAUGAGGGGAUGGCAGCAUCACAGAGAGGUCGCACAUAAUUGUUGGAGUCGAGCGCUGUACGAUGUUGUUGUCGCUGCAGAUGGUUCCAGUCCGCGCUGUUGUUGGUGGAUGCUUCGAGUCACUUUCAGGUCAACCUUUUUGAGAUUCUUUUGUGACAUUUCUCUUCCUCAGUGCUGAGUCUGCAUUUAAUAUUCUGAUUCUCUGUUUUCUAUUAUUGAAACAUUGCUGUGUUUAUGGUAUUUUUGAAUUCAUUUGUUGUGAUUGAAACUUGAUUGUUUUUUUAUUCCAGUAUUGUUCUUCUAACUGGACUUCAUGUUUGGCCUUUGUACCCUAAUAAAGAAUAAAAGCUCAAAAAACA